AGUGAAUCUGCAGUGGCGCGUUGCAUUGUGGGAAACACAUGAUUGACGUCGACGCCAUUUUGCUGCGCGCGUCCAUUGUGUGAAGAUCGUAAACAUCUGACAAACACUCUCUAGUACGGACAUACAUUUACCGUUGGUGAUCAUUUGACGUCAUGGCUCGUACCAAGCAAACUGCUCGUAAAUCCACUGGAGGAAAGGCUCCUCGAAAGCAGCUGGCUACCAAGGCUGCCCGCAAAAGUGCUCCUUCCACUGGAGGAGUCAAGAAGCCUCAUCGUUACAGGCCUGGGACUGUCGCUCUGCGAGAGAUUCGUCGGUACCAGAAGUCCACUGAGCUGCUGAUCCGCAAGCUGCCCUUCCAGCGCUUGGUCAGGGAGAUUGCUCAGGACUUCAAGACCGAUCUGCGUUUCCAAAGCGCUGCCAUCGGUGCUCUGCAGGAGGCCAGUGAGGCUUACCUGGUGGGACUAUUUGAGGACACCAACCUGUGCGCCAUCCAUGCCAAGCGUGUCACCAUCAUGCCCAAAGACAUUCAGUUGGCCCGCCGAAUCCGUGGAGAACGUGCUUAAAAACACAUGUAACUUUUGUCCUUUUGUCCUUUUUUUUUUUUUUUUUU